GUUUCUGUUGCGUUCAAACGCAGUUAACCGCGUUGAGAAAGAAGAUGCGUUUGAAGCUAGGAUCCAUUUCAUUUCUCCUCUGUUCCGAACUCACUAUUGAGCAAACAACUGAUCAAAUUCUGCUCGUAAAUCUCCUACCAUCUUGAACGGUUGAAAGGGGAAAAAAAAAAUGGAUACUGCAAAAGGAAAGAACGUGGCAUCAUCGUCUGCCACACAACGGUGGGAAUCCUCUUCUUCUCCAUCCCUUCCCUCGUCUGGUUCUUGGGAUUACGAGGUGUUCUUGAGCUUUAGAGGUGAAGACACUCGCAAACACUUCACUGACCACCUCUACAACGCUCUCCUCGAUAGUGGAAUCCGCACUUUCAGAGACAACGAAGAAAUCCGAAUAGGAGAAAAGAUCGAUCAGGAGCUUCGCUCUGCGAUCCACCGGUCCAAAAUCGCCAUACCCAUCUUCUCAGAAAACUAUAGUUCCAGCAAAUGGUGCCUCCGUGAACUAGUCGAGAUUGUGGAGUGCAUGAAACAAGAGGAUCAGGUCGGCAAAACACAUAUAAAAGUGAUGCCCAUUUUCUACCAUGUAGAUCCAUCUCACAUACGAGAACAAACUGGUAGCUAUGAGAAGGCUUUUCAAGAACAUGAGAAGGAAUUCGACCAGGAGGAAAUACAAGGGUGGAAGAAGGCUCUGAGUGAGGUGGCUGAAUUGAAAGGAUGGGAUCUGGAGAAUAUUGCUGAUGGGCAUGAUGGAAAGUCAAUAAAAUUAAUUGUUAAAGAAGUAUGGAAUGAAUUGAGAAAGAGCCCCUUGACUACUUCUGACAACUUGGUUGGAAUCAAUUCUCAUGUAGAAAAAAUAAUGAAGUUGCUAAGCAUUGGCUCUAAUGAUAUACAGAUUAUGGGUAUCCAUGGAUUAGGUGGCAUUGGUAAGACAACAAUUGCUAGGUGCAUAUACAAUAAAGUCUAUCAUCACUUUGAAGGAUGUUGUUUUAUAGCAAAUGCUUGUGAAACUUUCCAACAAAGGGGACUUGUCCAUUUGCAAAGUCAACUUGUCAUUAAUAUCCUGAAUGUAGAGAAUCCAGACAUUUUUAGUGUUGAUCAAGGAAUUGAUAUGAUCAGGCAAAGAUUAUCCAAUAAAAAAGUUCUUAUUGUCCUUGACGAUGUGGAUCAAAAUAUUGAUUUAAAUGCAAUAAUCGGGAAGCGUGAUUGGUUUGGUCUUGGAAGCAGGAUUAUUAUUACCACAAGGGACAAGCAUAUCUUAGAUGUUCAUGUAGUAGACGAAACUUAUAAGCCCAAUGAAAUGGAUUUAGAUCAUUCUCUUCAACUUUUCAGCAAACAUGCCUUCAAGAUGGACCGACCUCUCAAACACUAUCUGAAUAUCUCAAAAGAGAUAGUAAAAACUACUGGAGGACUUCCUUUAGCUCUUAUGGUUAUAGGUUCAUUUUUAUUUGGCAAAGAAGAAUCAACAUGGGAAGACACGAUGAAGAAGUUGAGAUAUAUUCCACAUGAAGAUGUGCAAUAGAAGUUGAGAAUAAGUUAUGAUGGAUUAAAUUAUGAGGAGAAAGAGAUAUUUCUUGAUAUUGCUUGUUUUUGCAUUGGAAUGGAUAAGAAAGUUGCAUGUUGCAUAUGGCAUGGCUGUGGAUUUUUCCCUGAAGCAGGAAUUGAAAAUCUUCGCCUAAAGUCAUUAGUUAAGGUUGGUGAAAAGAAUGAAUUAAUGAUGCAUGAUCAGCUCCGAGAUCUCGGAAGGGAAAUUAUUCGUCAAGACAGCCCUAAGGAGCUUGGGGAGUGUAAUAGGUUGUGGUCGCAUGAGUACUCAAAUGGGAACUAGCAAAGUUGAAGGACUCCGUACUAUGUUCAACGACUCUUGCAAAGAUAGGGAAUGUAUGUUGAGUUAUAAAGGAUUUGCUGUGAUGACUGAUGACUAAAUUAAGGUUACUUCAAGUUGAUUAUGCCAAGAUUGCUGAAAAAAUCGUGCAUUCCCCUUCUUUUCCAGAACUAAGAUGGCUUAGUUGGAAAAGAUGUCCAAUAAAAUUUACACCAACCAAUCUAAGUAAACUGUGUGUUCUUGAUCUGUCAGAUAGUGAUAUCACAGAAAGCUGGAUGGGUUGGAAGCAUAUCAAGGUGGAAAAAAAUCUCAAAGUUCUAAACCUUUGUCAUUGUGUUAAACUAUCCCAACUUCUUGACGUAUCAGCAAAUCUACAUUUGGAGGAAUUGAUUCUUGAAAACUGUUCAAGUUUAACUACAAUUGGCGCAUCCAUUGGUCAUCUUAAGAGUUUAACCAUAUUGAACGUGAAGGGCUGCAAGAGGUUAGAGCAUCUCUCAACCAGCAUUGGGCAGUUGAGUUCUCUCAAAACACUUGACAUUAGACGUACAAAUAUUUGUCAAUUGCCCGAAGCAUUGGGCUCCUUGGAGGCCUUAACAGAGCUAUAUGUUGGCUUUUCUAAAAUACAGUUACCUAGUUCAACACAUCAUCUGAGAAACCUCAAAACUUUAAGUGGUGCACAUGAUAUUAUCCCGCAAGCAGGAAGGUAUUCUAUCCCUCCUAAUCAUCUCCCAGAGCUUCCUUCAAGUUUGAAAUAUUUGGAUGCUUCAUUCUGCAAAAUGAAAUCACUCACCACGCUGUCAAAGCUGACAGAUUUAGAGGUACUAUACCUUGAUUACUGUGAGAAUCUGUUGGAGGUACCAACUACAAUUAAUUCUCUUACAAGGCUGGAAAAACUCAGUAUCCUUAAUUGCUACAAGCUAGCAAAAAUUGGAAGCCUUGAGGGAUUAGUUUCCCUGCAGCAUUUGGAAAUAUGUUAUUGUGGCUCAUUGAAAACAUUUCCGAAACUUCGAGGAUUGAAAAAAUUGAGGUAUUUAGAGUUAAGUAAUGAUGUCUUCAUUGAGCUUGAAGGCCUUGAGGGAUUGUACUCCCUAGAAAAGUUGAUUAUAAAGUACUGCUAUUAUUUAAGAAAAAUUCCAAAUUUGUCAGAUUUGAAAAAUGUUGUGUGCAUAGAAAUCCGAGUAUGCCCUGAGUCACCUGGGAUUGAGGGCCUUGAGGGAUUGAACCCCCUGCAGGAACUCAUUAUAAAAGCUUGUGUUUCAUGGAGAAAGAUAAAACUUCCCAAAGAACUGAGGAUGUUACAUAUCUUGAAAUUGAAGAACUUAUCUGAGAUUGAGGGCCUUGAGGGAUUGGAUUCCCUUAAGCAACUGUACAUAAGAGAGUGCCCAUCAUUGAGAAAGAUACAACUUCCCAAAAAACUGAGGGAAUUAGAAAUCCAACACUGAGAAGUUAUCUGAUAUUGAGUAUCUUCAGGAUUUAGAAUAUUUGACAGGAUUUUCCCUCUGUGACUGCAAAUCAAUCAUAAGAUUACCAGACUUUUCGAACUUGAAGACCUUAAAGCAUUUAUAUAUUUCUGAACUCCCAAUGCAACAAGAGAUUCUUCGCCUUGAGGGAUUGGAAUCCUUAGAAGAAUUAAAAAUUCAUCGAGCCCCGUCAGUAAAAGUAUUACCGGAUGUCUCAACCUUGAAGAAACUGAAACGUAUAGAACUCAAAUGGUGUGGAUGCUUGCAAAGAUUACCUGAUCUAUCAAACUUAAACUAGUUAAGUGAACUAUGGAUUGGGGAAUGUCUGAAGUUGAAUGAGAUCCCAAGUGUUGACAGAUUGGAGUCCUUGGAAGUAUUGGAAUUGCAUGAUUGUAAAUCAAUGGCAAUAUUACCAGAUUUGUCCAACUUGAGAAAACUCUGGAAGUUACAUAUCCAAGAUUGUGAGAAGUUAAUGGAGAUUCAAGGAGUUGAUAGGUUGGAAUCCUUAGAGGAGCUGAAUGUUCGUGGGUGCAUAUCCAUGAAGUUACCAGAUUUGUCCAACUUAACAAAACUACGGGUAUUAGAUGUCCAAGAUUGUGAGAAGCUAACGGAGAUUGAGGGAGUUGAUAGGUUGGAAUCCUUAGAGGAGCUGAAUGUUCUUGGGUGCAGGUCCAUGAAAUUACCAGAUUUGUCAAGCCUGAGGAAAGUACAAAUAUUUGCAGACCCUAAUUCUAAUGAGAGCUCAUCUUCGAGCAUUAAAUUUAGAAGCUUAUUAAAACGACUAUGGAAGCCCAUCUAUUAGAUCAAGGUAUUACCAGUUCUAGGGAAGAGCUUCAACCCUCAAUGAUUGCAGAAAGUGUGCUUAAACAUGUUGAACUCUCAGUACAGUGAUGGCAGUGAAGUGGAGAAAAGACCAUGAGAAGUGGCUAAAGGACCUUACAAGGAUUGAAGUGGAAUGCGACUCCCAAGCAGUGGUUUGGUGUAUUUCUAGGAAAUCGAUUCCAUGGCGCUUUCAGCAAAAAUGGUUCUCCCUCUUGAGCUAUUUGAACAGGAUCCAAUGGAGUAUGCAACACUGCUUCUGGAAGGUUAACCCUGUUGCAGAUGGGCUGGCAAAACAUGUGGCUGCGUCGCGGUCUCCUGAAGUUUGGGACUUCACCCCUAGAUUCUCUGUGAAUGACAUUGAAUGGGACGCCAAUGAAAGAUCAAGAUUCCGAUUUGUGUAAAGCUUUCUCUUUUUUGAUAUGUUUUAGAUGAGGUGUUUCGACCUCCCAUCUGCUGAUGGUAAUGCGAAGGUGGGGCAAUUUUGUUUGGUUUCAGGGCCUGUUCUGCUGAUGGCAAUGCCGAAGGUGGAAUAGGUUUCUGAAAUGCUGAUAUUCUUUACCUUUUGGCUCUUGUAUUUCAUUCAUUCAUUCAUUUAAUAAAUCUCUUUGCUGACCUUGAGCAAAAAAAAAAAACAAGAAAGAAUAUUCUGAGCCCAACGCAUAGCUCCAUGUUGCAGUUUCCAUUGGGAGAGUUGCUGCUACUCUUUCUGCGAGUUCCAUUACUACAGCAGAAUUGUCAUGAUCUGGUGAACAUAUGACAAAGGCUGGCAUGGUGAAGGUAUCUGCUGUGACAAUGCCUUGAGGCUGCAAUGACAAAGAAGGGAGAGCAUGCACACCUUGAAUCUGUCAUUAGCUAUUAAUGUACGAUUGUCAAGGAUGUCAUGUUCUUUAUCUGUAGAUCAAAUUGAAGAAAGGAAUUGAUUUAUUUUUUCUUUUCGAAUUUUGGCACUAGUAAUGUUGGUAAACUUCAUUGCAAAAUCAUGUCUACUUAUAGAGCAGAUGGGUUGGAUGGGUUUUUCCUCAUUCAUCCCCUGUUUCUGAUUUUUGUGCUUGUACCGAGAAGGAAGCAUGAUUGAACCAGAAGUAACUUUAGCUCUUAUCUGCUAUUAAGUAGCAUUUUAGCAUUUUUCCCAGGUGUUGCUGAAGAUGAAGAAGACAUGUUACCAGUACCGUCUUCAAACAAAAAAGCUGAGGAAGCUCAUCUCUCUGCCGAUGAAGAGUGCAUCGGGUUCCCUUGAGUGAGUCGAGAAAUCUAGGUGUGCUGCUGCUACCAUUUUUGUUACUGCUUCUUUUCAUCACCAAUAGAGGGAGUGGCCUUCGGGACAUUGGGAUGGAGGGUUUCCAUGUGUUGGAAUGGUGGGAAUGGAUAGCCAUCAUUGCUUUGUUAUAGAAAGUUUAAAUUGGCAUCAGGAAGCUGUUAUAGUAAAGGAUGACAUAGACGUAAUCUUUAAGAUGUUAUGACAGACCAGACAUGUCAAAAUUUUAAAUUUUAAAGGUUACAUGAUGUGGAGUGACCUUGUCUAUAUUUUGGAAAACAGUGAUUGAAUAGUCUGCCGGUAGAGUUAUAAAUUUGGAGUUUGUUACCAGUGAUGUUAUGUACAUUUUGUUUCUCUAUGUAAACCAUUAAUCCCAGUUGGUGAGCUUCAAUUUUCUGCC